CUCCAUGUCAAUAACAAAUCCUUCUAUGCCUGCCAAUCAAUACUCUUGCCAGUAUACCCAACUUUAAUCCAACAUGGCCAAACCAUACGCAAGCCAACCACUAUAUCAUAGCAUCGUCCUACCAGUACUCUUGAGCACCCCACGGCAGUGCUCGUGCAGGACAUGUCCACCAACCCCCACACGUUAGGGCUGUGGAAUAUUGCCCACCCCUUUUCUCCUCAUGAUGACCUGCUAGCAUCGUGCUCUUACCUUGGCGAGGUCAAAGUGUGGAAUGGAAGACCUGGUUCGCUAGUUCACAGUCUCGAGAACUUUUACCCUUUGUCAGUAGAAUUCUCAUGCAAUGGUGAAUUAGUCGCCUCUUGCGGCUGGGAUGGCACAACUAAACUCUGGAACAGCGCUUCAGGGAAGUCAGGGCAUCACCUUAAUCGUGUUUAUACUUUUUCAUUCUCUCCCAAUGGCGAGCUAAUCUCUGAUUGGGGCGAUGGCAUUGUACGCCUGUGGGAUUCAGGGGUCGGCUAUGGAGACUCAACCUCUGUUUCCCAUACUUCCUCAAUUCUUUCUAUUCAUCCCUUGCCCCGCACUCCACAGAACCAGCUCGAGGCUCUCAAAAAUCCCAGUACUGGCCCUGAAUUCUCUGGCGACGGCCGCCUUGUUGCAGCAUUUGCGGAAGAAACAAUCAUGAUUUGGGACACAGGCAGUGGGAAAUUUAUUCGGGCGUUGGAGUUGGAUAUUGGAAAUUCAGAUAUUGAGUAUUACGCCAGUAUAAAGGCUGCUUUCCGGCCGGAUGGUAAGGACCCAUUUUCGGGGAAGCAAAUUGAGACUUUCAAUGGCUCGGUUGAGCUGAAAUCAUUUGAUGUCUCCCACGGUGGUCACCUGUUAGCUGUCACUGACCGUACGAAAGUCGGCAUUCGUAAACUUUCAACAAGGAAGCGCAUCUACCUGGAAAUUUUAUAUGAUUUAAGAAUGAGAAUGGCUUUUUCGCCGAACGAUAUGACCCUUGCUGUGCUUUCCAAGAGCUGGGGUAAGCUCACCUUAGAUUUGUGGGAUGUGCUAUCGUGUGACAUGCAUUGUUCCAUCGAUGGUGUCACUGGGCGCUACAUUCAAUUUUCCGAAAAUGGCAAUUAUAUGAGCACGGUGCAUGAGCUAUAUCACUUAGAGACUGACACUGAGGGCCAUCCGGUCUUUCUAUCUGCUGUUGACGAUCAAAAAAAGGUGGAGGAUGGAUGGGUCUGCCUCGGCAAGGACAAGAUUUUAUGGCUUCCUAUGGAAUAUCGACCAGUGGAAGGUUUCGAGGGGUUCCGUAUAACAGAUUCCACACUUAUUUUAGGAUCCCAUUCAGACCGUCUUCUAUUUAUUUGUUUUGACAUGCAGGCUAAACGAGAUGCUGUUGAGAUAUUCACUCCAGCCAGAGUCAGCGGAACAUUCACCUCCUCUUCUUCCUGCGUAGUCUCUGACCACCACCUCGUUCAACAACCACCCAUCUUCUUGAGAUCCGGAUAGAUCCAGAUCCAUACCUUUGACCCUUCUUCUCGACAGUAUAUAUACAUAUUCCCACUACAACCAAUCUACAAAACAAUCGCCAUCCCCAAAAUCCCCGCAGCACCCAUAAUACCCGCCAUACCCGUCGCUUUCGGAGCCGCAGGCCCAGCACCACCAUGCGAAGACGAGGUGGAAGGCGAAGCCGUUUCAAACGCCGUCGAAAAGUACGAUUUCACAUCCCCAUUCAGACUACUGUACCAGGACGGAAUGAUUCCAUUCUUCCAUUCACUCGCGACUGAUGACCAAGCUGUCGGGUUCGUCAUCUCGGAGAUGACAGAGGUCGGAACUUCAGUGAUGAGGUCGGAUCUGAUGGAGGUAGGUACAUCAGGGAAGAGGGUGGGCAUUGUGGUGGUGGUGGUUGUUGGGUUGACUCUAUUAGUUUGGUGGCUUGUUAGCUAGAUAUAGAUGGGG